GUUCCCCCUAUACGCGCAUAUCAUGUAAACUUAUUUCAUUCCUCCGUGUAUGAUGACAGCUCUACUACUACAAAUAGUAAUUGAUACCUUUGACAAUACAGGACCGUCUAUGCUGCUCAUAUGAAAAGAACGAGAAGCUACAAUGAAUUUUAUCACGAUGAUCAUCAUGGAGGUCAGUACGCUUUAAAAUUUAGGAUACAGAAAUUGGUGGAGGAAAGAGAGGCCCAAAUUUUGCAGCUAAAGGAAGAAUACUUUCAGAUUUUAGACGAUCUAGAAACUUUCUAUGCCGACCAAUCACAACAGCUUUGUUCAUGGCUAUGGAGUCAUACUCAAAGCAGGAUUGAAUUCAUCAGCAAAAAGGUUGAAGAACGCAUAAAAGAAGAGCAUAAUUGUGGUGGGGUCAGACUAGAACACAAGAAGGUGUGCCUGUAGAGUGUUCCAUUAGAAUCAUUCGUCUAUCUUUAUUACAAAUUA